GUCCUCCCACAUACAAGGAGCAUGGCUUGCGCUGAGUCGGGUAACCCUGAGUAGCGCUGCUGUCCGUCUCCUUGGAAUAGAGCGCUCUGGGGGUAGGGCACAGCAACCUUCUGCCUGCUGCGUAAUGCCAUUUCCUUCUACAUAGUCGCUGGAAGAUAGUGUGCCCGAACUUCUCCUCACAAGACCUGUGCAGGACCCGCAGGAGCCCGCAGAGCCAGAAGAAGAAGGGGGACCCGGAGAAGAGGGGAGAAGAAGAGGGGAGAAGGGGCUCCUGUGAGCAGGCAGGAUGCGGCUGACCAGUGUAUUGGGGUUGGCAGUCGGAUUUACAGCCUUCCUGUCCUUCAGUGCCAGUCAAGGUGCCGACAAAGAUGCCACCGCAGCGGACACGGUGAAGGAAGCCAGAGCCAACCGAGCCAAGAGGAGAGGUGGAGGAGCCGGAGCGGGGCACGACGUGCUGAAAGGACCAAAUGUAUGUGGAUCUCGUUACAAUGCCUACUGCUGUCCUGGAUGGAAAACGUUACCUGGAGGGAACCAAUGUAUUGUUCCCAUUUGUCGGCACUCCUGUGGUGAUGGGUUUUGCUCACGGCCUAACAUGUGUACGUGUCCUACGGGUCAAACAGCUAUUUCAUGCGGUUCCAAAUCUGUUCAGCAAUGUGGUAUCAGAUGUAUGAAUGGAGGCACAUGCAGCGAUGAACAUUGUCAAUGCCAAAAGGGUUACACUGGGACACACUGUGGACAGCCUGUGUGUGAACAUGGAUGUUUAAAUAGUGGAAGAUGUGUAGCUCCAAAUCGAUGUGCCUGCACAUAUGGCUUCACAGGACCACAAUGUGAAAGGGAUUACAGGACUGGACCUUGUUUCGCCGCUGUCAGCAACCAGAUGUGCCAAGGACAGCUGAGUGGCAUCGUUUGCACAAAGACACUAUGCUGUGCCACAGUGGGAAGAGCAUGGGGCCACCCUUGUGAGAUGUGCCCAGCCCAGCCACAUCCUUGCCGACGCGGCUUCAUUCCAAACAUUCGAACGGGAGCGUGUCAAGAUGUGGAUGAAUGCCAAGCCAUCCCUGGGAUGUGUCAAGGAGGAAAUUGCAUUAAUACAGUUGGAUCUUUUGAGUGCAAAUGCCCAGCUGGACACAGAUUUAAUGAAUUAACACAAAAAUGUGAAGAUCUUGAUGAAUGUGCCACUAUCCCGGGGAUCUGUGAAGCCGGUGAAUGUGCUAAUACAGUGGGCAGUUACUUUUGCAAGUGCCCAUCAGGAUUUUUUACAUCAGCAGAUGGCUCAAGAUGCAUAGAUGUUCGUCCUGGGUAUUGUUUUACUUCGUUAUCCAAUGGCCGUUGCACCAAUCAGCUCCCCCAACUGCUACCUAAGAUGCAAUGUUGCUGUGAUACUGGAAGAUGUUGGUCUACAGCUGCAACAACACCACCCGAAGUAUGCCCUUUCCGUGGGACAGAGGAAUACCGUAAACUGUGCACAAUGUCUUGGGCACGGCCUGGACAGAUCCCUGGAAUGGAACCAGGACCAGUUAUUCAACCUGGGUUUCCCUAUCCUCCAGAAUACCCUCCUCAAAUAGGUCCACAGGUGCCACCAGGCUACCCUCCUGUGUUUCCACCUCAAGUUUUUCCUGGAUUUCCUACCCGGGGUCCUUCAGUGGUUCUGCCAGUAAACCUUACACAACAGCAGCCUGUGACAGAUUAUUGUGUCUUAUUCCGAAACCUGUGUUUGCAUGGUCGCUGCAUACCUACUCCUGGAAGCUAUCGCUGUGAGUGUAACAAGGGAUUCCACCUGGAUGGUAGAGGAGAAUGCAUAGAUGUUGACGAGUGUGAAAGAAAUCCUUGCCUACAUGCAGACUGUGUAAAUACACAGGGAUCGUACAUCUGUCAGUGUUAUGCUGGAUUCCAGAGUACAUCAACUAGGACAGAAUGCAGAGACAUUGAUGAGUGCUUACAGAAUGGAAGAAUCUGUAACAAUGGCAGAUGUGUGAAUACGGAUGGAAGUUUCCACUGCGUGUGCAAUGCAGGCUUCCAAGUGUCACCUGAUGGGAAGAAUUGUCAAGAUAUGGAUGAAUGCAGUGUAAGGAACAUGUGCCUUAAUGGAAUGUGUAUUAAUGAGGAUGGAAGUUUUAAAUGCAUCUGUAAACCUGGGUUCCAGCUUGCGCCAAAUGGACGCUUUUGUACAGAUAUCGAUGAGUGUGAGACGCCAGGCAUCUGCAUGAAUGGACAUUGCGUGAACACAGAUGGCUCCUUUAAAUGUGAAUGCUUCCCUGGUCUAGCAGUUGGACUUGAUGGUCGAGUGUGUGUAGAUACUCACAUGAGGAGCACUUGCUAUGGAGGAUACAAAAGAGGUCAGUGCGUUAGACCACUUCAAGGAGCAGUGACAAAAUCGGAGUGCUGUUGUGCAAGUACAGAAUUUGCAUUUGGGGAACCUUGUAAACCGUGUCCUGCCAAGACUUCAGAUGAAUAUCAAGCUCUGUGCAGCAGUGGCCCAGGAAUAACAUCUACAGGAACCGAUAUUAAUGAAUGUGCUCUGGAUCCUGAUAUCUGUCCUAAUGGAAUUUGUGAAAACCUUCGGGGAACCUUCAAAUGUGUUUGUAAUUCUGGAUACGAGGUGGACACUAGUGGGAAGAGUUGCAAUGACAUUGAUGAAUGUGCAAUAAACAGACUGCUAUGUGACAAUGGACAAUGUCGGAACACUCCAGGAAGUUUUACCUGCACCUGUCCUAAAGGAUAUGUCUAUAAACCCGAUCUCAAAACUUGUGAAGAUAUUGAUGAGUGUGAGUCCAACCCCUGUAUCAAUGGUGCAUGCAAAAAUAUCCCUGGAUCCUUUGUGUGUGAAUGCCCUCCCGGAAGUACAUUGGAUACAACCAAGACAAUCUGCAUUGAAACUGUUAAAGGCACAUGCUGGAAAGAUAUAGUGAAUGGAAGAUGUGAAGUCAACAUCAAUGGGGGAACAUUACGAUCACAGUGCUGUUCUACAUUGGGCGCCGCCUGGGGAAGUCCUUGUCUACCCUGUGAACCAGAUCCUGUCUGCGCUAAAGGUUUUGCAAGGUCUAAAGGCACAGUAUGUGAAGAUGUUGACGAAUGUAAGGUGUUUCCUGGAUUGUGCAUCAACUCUCGAUGUGUUAACACAUUGGGAUCCUUUACUUGUGAAUGCCCCAAUGGGAUGACGCUUGAUGCUUCUGGACGCUCAUGUAUUGACAUCCGCUUGGAGACUUGCUACCUAAAACAUGAGGAUGAAGAGUGCUCUGCUCCUAUUCCUGGACGCCACCGCAUGGAUGCCUGUUGCUGUUCUGUUGGGGCUUCCUGGGGCUUUGACUGUGAGCAGUGUCCUCCGAAAGGAACCACAGAAUUUGAGAUCCUUUGUCCAAGAGGACCUGGCUUUGCUUCUAAAGAAAUAACACCCGGAAAAGUAUUUUCAAAAGACAUUAAUGAAUGUAAGAUGAUCCCAAGCUUAUGCAAGUAUGGAAAAUGCAGAAACACUAUUGGCAGCUUCAAGUGUCGAUGUGACAGUGGCUUCGCUCUGGAUGCAGAAGAAAGGAACUGCACAGAUAUUGAUGAAUGCAGGAUAUCACCAGAUGUGUGUGGACAAGGCAACUGCAUCAAUACACCAGGAGACUUUGAGUGUGACUGCUUCGAAGGAUACGAGAGUGGAUUCAUGAUGAUGAAGAACUGCAUGGAUAUUGAUGAAUGCGAGCAGAAUCCACUCCUCUGUCGUGGUGGGAACUGCCUCAACACAGAGGGAAGUUUUAAAUGUGAAUGUCCUGAUGGGCAUGAGGUCACACCUGAUGGCACGUCUUGCUUAGAUAUCAACGAGUGUGAGCUCAGCACUGACUUGUGCAGACAUGGGCGAUGUAUAAACCUAAUUGGAAGAUACCAAUGUACUUGUGAACCUGGAUAUAAGCCAUCAGAUGAUAAACUCUCAUGUGUUGAUGUUGAUGAAUGUGAAAUUUUCAAUGGCGGAUGUGACACAAAUUGUACAAACUCCCAAGGAAGUUAUGAAUGCAGUUGCAUCGAAGGUUUUGCUUUAAUGCCAGACCACAGAUCCUGUACAGAUAUUGAUGAGUGUGAAACAAACCCCAAUAUUUGUGAUGGAGGCCAGUGCACAAACAUACCCGGAGAAUACCGUUGUCUCUGCUUCGAUGGUUACAUGGCCUCUAUUGAUAUGAAGACCUGUCUAGAUGUUGAUGAGUGUGAUCUCCAUGAUAACAUCUGUCUGAGUGGAAGUUGUGAGAACACAAAAGGCUCGUUCAUCUGCCACUGUAAUCCUGGGUAUUCUGGAAAAAAAGGACAAACUGGAUGCACAGAUGUUAAUGAAUGUGAGAUUGGUGCCCACAACUGUGACAGACAUGCCACGUGUACAAACACUCCUGGAGCUUUCAAAUGCAGCUGUAAUCCUGGAUGGGUAGGGAAUGGCGUCAAGUGUUCAGAUAAUGAUGAAUGUUCAAAUGGAACUCAUUUGUGUAAUGCAAAUGCAGACUGUAAAAACACCAUGGGGUCAUAUAGAUGUCUCUGCAAAGAAGGAUACAGUGGUGAUGGCUUUGAGUGUGCAGAUAUUGACGAGUGCACAGAGAAUGUCAAUCUGUGUGGAAAUGGUCAAUGCCUCAACACCCCUGGGGGAUACCGAUGUGACUGCGAUAUGGGAUUCUUACCAAGCAUUGAUGGAAAAACGUGUGAAGAUAUUGAUGAAUGUGCACUGCCCAACAUCUGUGUCUAUGGUACCUGCAAGAAUCUCCCUGGUCUCUUUAGAUGUGAUUGUGACAUAGGAUACGAGCUGGAUAGAAGUGGAGGCAACUGUACAGAUGUGGAUGAAUGUGCUGAUCCUACAACCUGUAUUAGUGGGACAUGUUCGAAUACUCCUGGUAGCUACGAUUGCGAGUGUCCACCAGACUUCCAACUAAAUCCCACUGGUGUUGGAUGUGUCGACAUUCGAUCUGGCAACUGCUACUUAGUGGCAAAGCCACGAGGAGAUAAUGGAGACCUGUCCUGCAGUGUUGAGAUUGGUGUUGGUGUAUCCAAGGCUUCAUGCUGUUGCGCACCUGGGAAGGCCUGGGGAACCCCCUGUGAACACUGUCCUCCAGUGAAUUCAACUGAAUAUAAAGUUCUGUGUCCAGGAGGAGAAGGAUUCAGACCAAAUCCUAUCACAGUCAUUUUAGAAGAUAUCGAUGAAUGUCUUGAGUUGCCAGGUCUCUGUCAAGGUGGAAAGUGUAUAAACACAUUUGGAAGUUUCCAGUGCCGUUGUCCACCAGGAUUUUUCCUCAAUGAAGAAACUCGUGUUUGCGAUGAUGUGAAUGAAUGUGACCAGCCUGGAAUUUGUGGCCCUGGAACAUGUUAUAACACUGUUGGCAAUUAUACCUGUAUAUGUCCACCCGAUUAUAUGCCGGUAAAUGGAGGAAACAACUGUAUGGACAUGAGAAGAAGCUUAUGCUUCAGAAAUUAUUAUACUGACAAUCAGACUUGUGAUGGAGAAUUGCUUUACAACAUGACGAAAAAAAUGUGCUGCUGUUCCUACAAUAUUGGGCGCGCUUGGAAUCGACCUUGUGAGGAAUGUCCAUUGCCGAGCACUGAUGAAUUUUCUGGACUUUGUGGAAGUGCUCGUCCUGGUUUUGUCAUCGAUAUCUACACUGGAUUGCCAGUUGAUAUUGAUGAAUGCAGAGAAAUUCCUGGUGUUUGUGAGAAUGGAGUUUGUAUAAACAUGGUGGGAAGCUUCCGAUGUGAAUGUCCAAUGGGAUUUUUCUACAAUGACAAGUUACUUAUCUGUGAAGAUAUUGAUGAAUGCCAGAAUGGCCCAGUGUGUCAGAGGAAUGCAGACUGUGUUAAUACAGCAGGGAGCUUUCGCUGUGACUGUAAACCUGGCUACAAGUUCACACCCACAGGACAAUGCGUCGAUCGCAAUGAGUGUCUGGAAAUUCCAAAUGUCUGCAGCCAUGGAGAGUGCCAUGAUAAGGUUGGGGGAUAUUACUGUGUGUGCCACAAUGGAUUUAAGACCAACGAUGAUCAGACUAUGUGUCUGGAUAUUAAUGAAUGUGAAAGAGAUCCUUGUGGCAAUGGGACAUGUAGGAAUACAAUCGGAUCUUACAACUGUCGCUGUUUUGAUGGGUUUAUCCUAUCACACAACAAUGAUUGUAUAGAUAUCGAUGAAUGUACCACGCUCAAUGGUCAGUUAUGCAGAAAUGGACAGUGUGUCAAUGUUAUUGGAUCCUUCCAAUGUAUCUGUAAUGAAGGAUAUGAAAUGACAUCCGAUGGAAGAACAUGUCUAGAUAUCAAUGAGUGUGAACUUGAUCCCGGGAAGUGUGCUCCUGGAACUUGUCAAAAUCUGGACGGCUCCUACCGCUGCAUCUGUCCUCCUGGAUAUGUGCUGAAAGAUGACAAGUGUGAAGAUAUUGAUGAAUGCACUGAAGAGCCAGAGAUUUGUGCUCUGGGAACCUGUAGCAAUAUUCCUGGCAGUUUCACCUGUAUGUGUCCUGAGGGUUUUGUACUAUCAUCAACAGGAAGGAGAUGCCAAGAUCUAAGAGUCGGUUACUGCUACACCAAAUUUGAAGCUGGACAGUGCCUUUCUCCAAAGACCCUAAACCACACCAAACAGGAAUGUUGCUGUGCAAUGAGAGAAGCAGGAUGGGGAUUCCCAUGUGAAAUAUGCCCAGUGGAAGGAGAUGAGGCUUUCCGAGAGAUCUGUCCGUUUGGAAGUGGUGUGGUGGUUGGACCAAAUGAUGAGCGAAUUGACAUGGACGAAUGUACCGAUCCAGACAGAUGCAAGAAUGGCCAGUGUAUCAACACAGAUGGAUCGUAUCGGUGCGAAUGCUCCUUUGGAUAUGUGCUUACAGGAGAUGAAUGUACAGAUAUUGAUGAGUGUUCUGUUCAAAACCCAUGUGGGAAUGGAACUUGCAAGAAUGUGAUUGGUGGAUUUGAGUGCACAUGUGAAGAAGGGUUUGAGCCUGGACCAAUGAUGGCCUGUGAAGAUGUUAAUGAAUGUGCUCAGAACCCUCUGUUGUGUGCUUUCCGAUGCGUUAACACCUACGGUUCAUAUGAAUGCAAGUGCCCAGCUGGCUAUGUGCUCCGGGAAGACAAGAGAAUGUGCAAAGAUCAGGACGAGUGUGAAGAUGGUCUUCAUGACUGUGACUCUAAACUAAUGAUGUGCAAGAAUCUCAUUGGAACAUACAUGUGUAUAUGUGGACCAGGGUUCCAGCGUAGACCGGAUGGUGAAGGCUGUAUAGAUUUGAAUGAGUGCCUUAAGCCUGGGCUAUGUGAAAAUGGAAAAUGUCUGAACACCAUGGGCAGCUACAAGUGUGAGUGCAAAGACGGAUUCAACACCAGCAUUACAGAGACAGAAUGUAUUGACAACCGACUCGGAUAUUGCUUCACCGAUGUAUUGCAUACAAUGUGCCAGCUUGGAUCGUCAAACCAGAAUUCCGUUACCAAGUCUGAGUGUUGCUGUAAUGGUGGCAGGGGAUGGGGUAUUACCUGUGAGAUCUGCCCCUUCUCUGGAACAGUUCAGUUUAAAAAGCUUUGUCCAUAUGGCAAGGGAUAUACAACUGGAGGAGAAGAUAUUGAUGAAUGUCAUGUUCUACAUGGAAUUUGUCGCAAUGGACAAUGUGUCAAUGAAAGGGGAACAUACAAAUGUGAAUGCAAUCUAGGUUAUAUCCCUGAUAUGACUGGCACUUCCUGUAUAGAUCUUGAUGAAUGUGGUCAGUCUCCCAAACCUUGCAAUUUUAUUUGCAAGAAUACAGAAGGAAGUUUCCAGUGUUCCUGUCCACGUGGUUAUGUUUUGCAGGAAGAUGGAAGAAGCUGUAAAGAUCUUGAUGAAUGUGCAACCAAGCAACAUAAUUGUCAGUUUAUUUGUGUGAACACGAUGGGAGGAUUUACAUGUAAAUGUCCUCCUGGAUUUACACAGCAUCAUACUGCCUGCAUUGAUAACAACGAAUGCUCUCAGGAAGUGAACCUGUGUGGUGCUAAAGGCGUUUGCCAGAAUACUCCGGGCAGCUAUAUGUGUGACUGCCAGCGUGGCUUUUCCCUCGAUCAGAGUGGAGCAGCAUGUGAAGAUGUGGAUGAGUGUGAAGGAAGCCAUCGUUGUCAGCAUGGAUGCCAGAACAUUAUGGGCGGGUAUAGAUGUAGCUGCCCACAAGGCUAUCAACAACAUUAUCAGUGGAACCAAUGUGUGGAUGAGAACGAAUGUAUGAACACCCAUGCAUGUGGGGGAGCUUCGUGCCACAACACAUUGGGAAGCUUCAAGUGUAUAUGUCCAACAGGAUUUCAGUUUGAACAGUAUGGUGGUUCAUGUCAAGACGUCAAUGAGUGCGGCUCGUCUCAAGCACCAUGUAGCUACGGUUGUUCAAAUACUGAAGGAGGAUAUGUCUGUGGAUGUCCACCUGGAUACUUCAGAAUAGGACAAGGACACUGUGUAACAGGAGCCGGACUAAGCAGAGCUGCCCAGGAUAUGGCAACGAGUGGAGAAAUAGAUGAUAACUCUCUGUCCCCCGAAGCUUGCUAUGACUGUAAGAUCAAUGGCUAUCCCAAGAGAGGAAGGAAACGGAGGAGUGCCAAUGAUACCGCGGCCAGUGAUAAUGAGGAGCAGCUUCAACUGGAAGCCCCCAUUAGCCUCGCCAGUUGGGAUUCGGAGAAAACGGCAAUCCUGUCCUUUAAUGUUUCCCACUUAAACAGUAGAGACCGAAUUCUGGAGCUUACACCAGCUCUCACAACUCUGCAACACCACAACCGAUACCUAAUAGACUCUGGGAAUGAAGAUGGCUUAUUUAGGCUCAACCAAAAGGAAGGCAUCAGUUACCUGCAUCUAACCAAGAAGAAGCCAGUGCCUGGUGUUUAUAACAUACAGAUUAGCAGUUUCCCUCUUUUUAAGGAGAAAGAGCUUUUCCAACUUGAAGAUAGACACGACAGAGACUACCUCACUGGUGAACUGGGUGACAUUCUUAAAAUGAAAAUUAGAAUCUUACUUCAUUAAUUUGCCAUGCUAAAGAACAGCCAAAACAAAACCAAAGAUUACUAAAGUAGUCAUGAAUGUUUCCUCCCACCCUCCCCAACUUCACUGAAUCCUAGCAUAGGUACAGAUCCUUCAUAACUAUGUAUCUAUGACUUAAGAAAGCACUUUCUUCUUCUCAUGACAUAUGCAAGGUACAGGAUCAUUAUCCCAGCUAACCACAACCACUUUCUCAGGCUUCCUUUAUUGUUAUGGUGAAUAUGUCGAUAUUAAACUUGGAGACUUUUUCAAUGGAAGUUGGCCUUUGAUGCUGAAAGAUUUGAUAAUUUCAGCAGAGGUACACGUAGGUGUUCUUUUGUUGGACUUCUCUGGUUUGUACUAUAAAAGUUUUCCAUGCCACCUACAACUCACUAAGCCAGACAUUUAUGAGACCUUUUUGGUGCUAGUAACUUUCAAAAAAGAUUUUUUUUUAUAAAUGCACUGUAAUAUUUACACAUUUUAGAAGCCAGCCAAUACUCUGUCUAAACUGUUUUCAAAUUACAGACUCAACCAAAGUUAGCUUUAGUUUAUCUCAAUUAUCUCUAUAUGUCAUGUAAAUGACAUGUGUGUAUACUGUAUUCAAGCUUUUAUUUAUCCUUGGAGCAAUUGUAAACUAGAUUAAAAACCUAACAUGAGGUUUUCGGGUUUUCUUUAUCAAUGGUGCUUACAGAGACCAACUACUUGUAAAACAUAUACACGGGCCUAGUGGUGCAAUAAUUUGUGACUAGGUCAAUGCACUGAGGUCAGCUGACCACAUAUACUUAUCAGAGGAAGUUCAGUGCCAUUAUACAAUAUAUGACAUAUGUUGCACAUCAGAAGUACCCAACAGCAUUCAUAUGAAAGGCUCAGUUCAUAAUUGAUACAAUAAAAAUAUUUUAGAUUUUCUUAUUUUUUUCAUUUCUCAAACCAAAACAGUUCAGAUUGUGUUUGCUUUUUUUAACCAUUCAACAACUAUUACUGUAUGCGUAAUUUAAUACUGACGGGAAGACCAAGACAAGUAUGCUUUCUUGUAAUGUCCUGUGGUACUUAGUUUUGCAUAUUGAAAAAAAACAGCUGUCUUUCAUAUGUGUGAAGAAGUACAAAUCCAUUCAUUUUACAAAAUAAAUCAGCAGCCAACCUACUGCUGUGAAUUUUACAAUGAAAA